AACUUACUCAGACGUUAGCGGGACACCGGGCGGACCGCCCGCCAUUUUAAAAAUAGCCGACGCGAUUUUCAUAGUGAAGUUCUAGAAAUAGUUUAUAUUGUGUAUAUGUGAGUGGACAAUGAUUUUGAACGGGUUCUCACACGACCUCCACUUCAAAAUAUGUAAACAAACUGUCGGAGACUUCGGUUAUAUUCAUUUUAUAUAAAUUGUUUUCUACUUCGACUGAAAAAAAUAAUGCUGAGCAUUAACAGUGCAAAAAAAACGUGCUCACGGUAGUUAGAAAGAGAUAAAUAUAUACAUAUAUAGUGGCUGAGAGGAAGAGUAAGAUGUCGCUUGUUGCACCAAGGAGGGUCCAAUUGGACUGGGCUCAUACUAUACCAUGGGAACAGGAACCAGGCUGUGGAAGGGAGCCAUCGUUCAAGGGGGAAGUUCAGCAUCGAAACCAAUCAGAUUCGUCGUCAUCAUCAGCGGACACUGAUUCCCAGGGCUCGGGUUCGGCGCCCGCGGCCCGCUCCCGGAGACAUGAACCCCAGAGAGAAGAGCGGCAGGUCGAAGCCGCCAGCGUUCGGAGAGUUCAACCGAAUCCUUUAUUAAGAUCUCGUACACUACCAAACUUCGGCAAGAACCGCUCACGUGACGCGUCUCGCUGCGACACCUCGCGUCGCGCGCACCACAUCACGAUGGCGACCGAGGACCUGCUGCAGCCGGGACACGUCGUCAAGGAGAGAUGGAAGGUUGUGAAGAAGAUAGGUGGUGGCGGUUUCGGGGAGAUCUACGAGGGUCUCGACCUCGUGACCCAAGAACAGGUCGCGUUGAAAGUGGAAUCAGCGAGACAACCAAAGCAGGUUCUGAAGAUGGAAGUUGCCGUCUUGAAAAAGUUGCAAGGUAAGGAGCACGUCUGCCGCUUCAUCGGCUGCGGUAGAAACGCACGAUUCAACUACGUCGUGAUGCAGCUGCAAGGGCGGAACCUGGCGGAGUUGCGUCGCGCGCAGCCCAGAGGAGCCUUCUCGCUGUCCACUACGCUUAGGCUUGGACUUCAAAUAUUAAAAGCAAUAGAUUCCAUACAUUCAGUUGGUUUCCUACACAGAGACAUUAAACCAAGUAACUUCAGCAUCGGUCGUCACCCGUCGAAUUGUCGUAGAGUCUAUAUGCUAGAUUUCGGUCUAGCUAGGCAGUAUACGACUAGCAACGGGCAAGUGCGACCGCCGAGGGCCGCGGCGGGUUUCAGAGGCACCGUCCGCUACGCUUCCAUCAACGCCCACAAGAAUAAGGAGAUGGGGAGGCACGAUGAUCUCUGGUCGCUGUUCUACAUGCUGGUCGAGUUCGUCAACGGGCAGCUGCCGUGGAGGAAAAUCAAGGACAAAGAACAAGUCGGUCUGAUGAAAGAGAAAUAUGACCACCGUCUCCUGCUAAAGCACUUACCGUCGGAGCUGCGCCAGUUCUUAGAGCACGUCCAGCAGCUGGAGUACGCCGACACGCCGGACUACGCCAUGCUGGCUUCUCUGCUGGAGAGGUGCUGCAAGCGACGUGGGAUCCGGGAGACAGAUCCUUACGACUGGGAGAAGGACAGCGCGCCGGCCAGCCGCGCGCGGGCCGUGCUGGCGGCCGGCACCGACCACCAGCCCUCGCCCGACCACCAACCCGACAGGACCCGUCGACGCCUCGAGACCGAAGCUACGACGGCGGUUGCGACGGACACGCAGACAAACUUACAGAAGGAGAAGGCCGUGGAGAAGAGACCGCAGCCCGCCUCGCCGAGACACGUCCCGCACCACGUCAAUGGAUACUCGAACACAGACAAACCCACAGUUGAGAAGGAAGUGGAAGUAAGAACGACGCCCGCUCCGUCACCAGACAGACACGCAAAGGAGACCAGCACGUCCGCCGUGACCGGUCCGGCCAGCAGACCGGAGCGACAGAGCGUGCCGCCCUGCAAGCCGCGCGCGCCGCAACCCGCGGCGCACGCGGCGGGCGGGCCCACGCUGCUGCGCCUGCGCGUCGUGACGGCGCCCCCCACCUGCGUGCAGGAGCUGGCCGCGGCGCCCUCCGCGCCCUCCACUGCCGAUGCGAGCAGCCCACGAAUCGUCGCAGACGUGGACAGCAUGCACUCCGACACGCACUUCAAGAGAGGCGCUCGUCGCAAUGCACGUGCGCGUGCCGACCAGAGCUACACGCAGUUCGCGGUCAUGGACGACGAGAACGUGUCGGCGUUGCAGCAGGUGACGAAAGGUGGCGCUCUAACACUAGUUUCGCUGUGGAAGUCUCAGUUCGACGACUCUGAAGAGACCACAGAUAACGAAUGGAAGCAGGAACAGUUACAGUCGCCGGAGCACCGCAACACGCGCGCCACGUCGGCCGUGUCGAGCUGCUCCAACGCGCCGCGCACGCAGCUGCCGCUCACGCACACGCAGCUCACGCAGCACACGCAGCAGACGCAGCUCACGCAGCCCACGCAGCCCACGCAGCCCACUCCGCCGCGCGUGUCGCCGCAGAUCAAUGUACCCAACGAGAUAGAAAAACCGGAAAAGACUGAAAAACCGGAAAUAGCGGAGAAGCCUCCUGUGAAGAGCACAAAGUGUUGCUUGCACAGCGCAGGCAUCGACGCCUUCCCCAGACUGCAGCCGGCGCUGCCUAGGAGUUGGACACUGCCAGCGAUAGGCAGCCGCGUGCGGCAGCUGCGGCCGCCGCUGCUGCAGCAGGCGUCGUUCGACGACGGCUCGGGCGGCGCGCUGCGGUACCGCCUCGACGUCAUGCGCGGCGUGGCGGCGCGCGACCCCCCCCUCGACGGGCCCGCCCCGCGGCCCCGCGCCGGCAGUCUGCCCAGUUUGUCCCGUUCGUCGAGCUCGUCGCAGCCGCCGGCGAAGCCCCCUCCCGAGACGACGGUCUCCAGCCGUCUCGAGAUCCGCGUGCGCCCGCCUGACAGCACCUCGCCCAUGCACUCCGUCAAAAUCCAUUCCGUGGUGAGUGGGGGCGAAGUCCGACUUAACCAUGACGAGGCGUCCGUCUACUACGACGCUACUGAACACCAGCGCGACAAACGCAGGUCCUCUACGAGGAGUGGUGAAAAGAGCCAAAGUCCAGCUGUGGAGAGAACGCGCCUAGACGCAAUACCUGAUAGUGUUUCUUUCAGAAAUACGUCUGUCGUUCGUCGCGAGAACCCGAGUGGCGACGGAACACACAGCUUGAGAGAUCGCUCGUCGGGCAGCGGGUCGCGCAUCCCCGUGGCCAGCGCGCGCGGCGAGCCGGCGGCGGGCGCCGAGCACCGCCUCGCCAAGUGCGCGUCCUGGAGCGGCGACGCGCCCGACCCCGCGCACGCCGACCUCACGCCCGCGUUACGGCGACGGAGACAGAACGCCAAUGACAAAUACGCAAUAGACCCUGCCCGAGAACUAAACUUGCGAUUCGCGAGACCUCGGCACCGUCACCAGCCACCGCAUAACAACGCCACGAGCCGCUGCCGCAGCGCGGCGGGCGGCGCGCCGGGCGGCGCGUCGGGCGCGUCGUCGUCGUCGUCGGGCUCCCCGCCGCCCGCGCCGCCCGCGCCGCCCGCGCCCGCCGCGCCCGCGCCGCCCGCGCACAACGCGGCUCGCGCGCGCCGCUUCCGCCCCGCCGCCCGCGACCCCGCGCACGACGACCUGCCGCCGCCCGUCUACGGCGCCGUCGGUUCUGCCCACCGACUGUGACGCCACGACGAUGAGUCCACCGGGACGAAAGAUAAUUGAACAUCACAUAGACAGGGUGGAAUAACUGUAAUGUGAAAAUGAAGGAUAAACUAGUCAUAAUACCACUCAUUAACCUAACAUAAAUUAAUUAAUGAUCAAUGGGUUGAUAACCCAUUAAUCGCUUAACGGAAGCUUCGUUAAAAAUUUUAGUGAACCUUUUCAUAUAUAAAAUCGUCUAAAGAGUACAAAAUCAAUAUUAGAAUUAAAACAUUGUUGACAGAGAGUAUUUCGCUUAGUUAACGUAUCAAUGGGUUUCAAUUGCAUCGUAGCUGUCAAUCCCAUUAACCGGUUAAACAUUAUUGGUUUUGAAUAUAAGUUAGGUUAAUAAGUGAAAAUUUAAUUCAGGGCGCGGUGUUAUCUAAACGAUUUUAAACCUUACCGUGUUGUUAUUAUAGAUCAUUGUUCUGAAUAAAUAAUAUACUCAAAUAAAUAACGAUUUACACGAACAAAAAAGAAAAACGGGAAUAAUAAUAAUCAUAUUCAUAAGAAACGUCAUACGAAAUCGCUUGAGUUACAUCAGAAUCGUUUCAGCAAAAUAUCGAUCACAUUCGUUAUUACUGACAUGAAAUAUUUAUUUUUAUAUAAAAAUUCUCUUGUAAAAAGUAUCCUCUUCGUACUAUCGCUUGCCAUUUCAAGUAGAUUUGACGGGACGUAGACUAUUUUUUACCUUAUUGCGUGUGUAAUAAGGUCGUUAAUAGUGUUAUAUGAUAAUUUAACAGAUAUAGAGAAAUACUGGAUGCGUUACUUUGUGCGUACUUUAAAUUUAACGUCGAAUAAGAUAUGCACUGAAAAAAAAAAUAUAAAACUAAAAUUUUAAAAAUUCUAAGUGUUCGUGGCGUUCCAAUAAAAUAAUAUAUUUAAAUAUUUAGAGAAAUGAAUGAGUUUUUAGACGUAUUUCAUGGCUGCUCCCGUAGUGCUUCAUAAGUCUUGCCAAUAAAGCUCUGUCACAUUGAAAACUUCAUCAAAAUCGGUCCGCUAGUUACGUUUGCAACGAUAAAAUAUAAAUGUCGACGGCAAAAAUAUCAUCAGAAAAUGAAUAAAAAUAAUAUAUGCUAUAAGAAAAGUCGAAAAACGUUAAAAAAAAUUAAUGAUAUCGCUUCCAGUAUUUCUCUAUAUUUGUGUUGAAAUUUUCAAUUUUAAGUAAAGUUAAGGGAAUUAAAUAUAAAUAUUUAAAAAAAAAAAGUUUAGAUCUCGUAGAUAGGACUUGCCUUUAAAGCU